AUGAAUAUUUAUUUGGUUAGAGAGAGAAUGAGCGUACCUUAUGAAGAAGCACUGAACUCAUUGCAGGCAAUGUUUUCAAGUUUUGAUAGAGAGCUGAUAGGCGCAGUUCUUCAACAAAAUAAAGGUCAUAUGGAAAAGACUAUAGAUGCACUCUUGGAAAUGAGUGGUGAAGUACCUAUAAAUGAAAAUACCGACUCUGACCAUAAUAUAGCACAGAUGCACCAAGAUGAAAUGCUGGCAAGAAUGUUACAAAAUGAAAUGUUUGUUAAUGAAGUUAGAAAUGAUGAACAGUUAGCACAUUUAUUCAAUCAGAGACAGUUACAACAACAGAGACAAAGACAACAACAACAGCAACAAGGUUUGAGACCUGUUCAAAGAGAUAUGGCUGGUUCACUACCAACGACAAAUAGUGAUACCACUCAUCAGAAUGAGGAGGAUGGUGGAAGUGUACUCUCAAUGUUGGAAGAGGAUUUGAAUUUAAAGGAAAUUAAAGAAAAGAUAAAUCAAUUGGGUGAAGCUGCAAAAACAAAGUUUAAAGAACUAUCUGAUUAUUUUAUGAAAAAAGAGGAGAAUAACUAUCAAGCGGUAAGAACUCAUGAUAUCGACGAUGAAGAAGAGGAAGAAGGCAGAUUGGAUAGACAUGAAUUAAGAAGAGUAAAUACACACCAAAGCAGCAUCAACAGCAACAACAAUACAAGUAUUAAUUCAUCGGAGGAUGAAUAUGAAAGUUUUGUUUUAGACGAUAUCGGUUCGAGAGCAGAUCCAAACACAAAUGGAGUUAGAUUAAGAGCAUUGAGAGAAGGUUCGAAAGAGGAUGAUUAA